UUGGGGCCCGCAGGACCACAGUGAUGGCAACGGCGGUGGCUCCUCUGCUGCGGCGCUGGUUCGGCACAGCGGCUCGCAGCCCCUUCGGGAAGCCGACCCAGGUUCUUGGUGCGACUGCGUGCGGUCACCGAAGGCUCUCGGCUUUCGUUACUGAUCACUCAAUACCGCCGCCAGCCAAGUAUGGGGGCCGUCACACAGUGGCGAUGAUCCCGGGCGAUGGAAUUGGCCCAGAGCUGAUGGCACACGUCAGGGACGUGUUCAGGUGUGCCUGUGUCCCAGUUGAUUUCGAGGUGGUGGAUGUCCAUCCUUCGCCGGACAGCAGGGCCAGCCUCGAAGGCGCGCUGACAGCAAUCCGGAGGAACCGCGUGGCGCUGAAAGGCAACAUUGAGACCAAUCAUAACAUGCCCCCAUCACACAAGUCCAGCAACAAUCUGCUGAGGACAAGCCUGGACCUUUACGCCAACGUCAUACACUGCCGCAGCCUGCCCGGCGUGCUGACCAGGCACCAGGGCAUCGACAUCCUCAUCAUCCGAGAGAACACAGAGGGAGAGUACAGCAACCUGGAACACGAGAGCGUGACAGGCGUGGUGGAGAGCCUGAAGAUCAUCACCAAGUAUAACUCGCUGCGGAUCGCGGAGUACGCUUUCCAGCUGGCCCGCGCCAGGGGACGGCAGAGGGUCACCGCCAUACACAAGGCCAACAUCAUGAAGUUGGGGGACGGACUCUUCCUUCAGUGCUGUAAGGAGGUGGCAGCUGGUUACCCGGAUAUCAAGUUCGACAGUAUGAUCGUGGACAACACUACCAUGCAGCUGGUGGCGAGGCCGCAGCAGUUCGAUGUGAUGGUGAUGCCCAACCUGUACGGCAACGUGGUGAGCAACGUCUGUGCAGGGCUGGUCGGGGGUCCGGGUCUUGCCCCUGGCGCCAACUACGGCAAGGACUAUGCCGUCUUCGAAACGGGCACCAGGAACACAGGCAAGAGUAUCGCCAACAAGAACAUCGCGAAUCCGACCGCCAUGCUACUGGCCAGCUGCCUCAUGCUCGACCACCUUGGACUCCACAGUUUUGCCAGUUUGAUCCGGGACGCAGUCAUGGUAACCAUGAAUGAGCAUCGGCUCCACACUCCGGAUAUCGGUGGGGUGGGGACCACAGUGCAAGUAGUGAAAGCCAUCUGCCAGAUCAUCGAGAAUGAAAGUGGCAAACCUACACUCACAUAACGGGGUCAUCCAUGGACGCUGAAUGUCCGCUGAUCCUCACCGCGACACAACAACCACUUCCCUCCGGACCUCAGCUAAAGUCAUACCGGUGUUGCUGGGUAGCAGGGCUGUGGGGGAGGUUCAGGUCCAGAUGGUGGUGAGGGAAGGGGGAAAUGGGGUGGGGAUGGUUACUAACAACACAGUGCAGUGACCUUUGGCUCGGGGUUUGGACCUGCACCCUCUCCCUAGCACAGUGGUCCCAUCCCGGCAGUAUUCAUCACGUCCCGGGGCAACACUGGCGUUCCCUAUCCCAUCUCAUCCUCUUCCUCAUACCUCAGACCACCCUCUCAAUACAGCACUCCUUGAGGCCCAUCUCCACCGAGCUCUCUCCCCCUCCCCUCUCUCUCUCUCCCCCUCCCCUCUCUCUCUCUCUCUCCCCCUCCCCUCUCUCUCUCUCUCUCUCCCCUCUCUCUCUCUCCCCUCCCCUCGCUCUCUCCCCUCCCCCCCUCUCUCUCCCCCUCCCCUCUCUCUCUCUCUCCCCCUCCCCUCUCUCUCUCUCCCCCUCCCCCCUCUCUCUCUCUCCCCUCCCCUCUCUCUCUCUCCCCCUCCCCUCUCUCUCUCUCUCCCUCCCCC